UUUGACAAUGGAGGAAAUGUCGGAAAUGACCCUGUGAAAAAAAUUCUGGAUUCCUGUCACCUGUAGCAAAUAAAUAUUGUGCAGUUUGAUUUAAAUUGGCCAGAUAUAAACAUCUUCAUAUGCUCACAUUGGAAUAAGUUAUAUAGUUAAUCGCAGAUGUAAAUGCUAAUGCAUUCCGUGCAGGGCUGAAUUAUCGGAGACGGGCGACAACAACAACAAAUCAACAUAAUUUUCUGUCAAAAACUGCAUAAAAUUACGAAGUUUAGAUAAUGUGAAGGCCAUGCUGGUAUCACUUAGAACAUGACAUGUGACAAUGACUUGAUCGUUGAACCAAAUUUCAAAAUGUAAUGGUAAAAAAUUUGAGGAAUUCCUGUGUGUCAGGGAGAGACAAAACAGCCAAAGAUGUCGGAUGCACCUGCUGAAGAAAGGUUGAAGAAGUUGGAGGAGUUAUAUCUAGGUGGAGUUGUUAGUUCUUCUGGAGGUGCUCUGAGUAUAGAAACAUUAUUGGACAUCCUGCUAGUACUGUAUGAUGAAUGUCAGACUCCAUCGCUUCGUAGAGAGAAAAGAAUCUCCGAGUUUAUAGACUUUGUGAAACCAGUUGUUAAUAAAGUGCGUAACUUUCGGCUGACUAGAGAUGAUUUUGAGACUGUCAGGAUCAUUGGUAGGGGAGCUUUUGGUGAGGUUGCAGUUGUUAAAAUGAAAUCCACAGAGAAGGUAUAUGCUAUGAAGAUUCUGAACAAAUGGGAAAUGUUAAAAAGAGCAGAGACUGCAUGUUUUAAGGAGGAGAGAGAUGUGUUAGUGUAUGGUGAUAGACGAUGGAUCACAAACCUUCACUUUGCAUUUCAAGAUGACAACUUCUUGUUUCUGGUCAUGGACUACUACGUUGGUGGAGACCUUCUGACAUUAUUAAGCAAGUUUGAAGAUCGAAUACCAGAAGAAAUGUGUAAAUUCUACAUAGCUGAAAUGGUUUUAGCUAUAAAUUCAUUACAUGAACUUCAAUAUGUACAUAGAGAUAUUAAACCAGAUAAUGUGCUAUUAGAUUUAAGUGGUCAUAUUGUGCUAGCAGACUUUGGUUCCUGUUUGAAGUUGUUAACAGAUGGAACUGUGCAGUCCUCUGUUGCCGUAGGAACACCAGAUUAUAUUUCACCAGAAAUUUUAAGGGCAAUGGAGGAUGGUCAUGGUAAAUAUGGUCCCGAGUGUGACUGGUGGUCUCUAGGUGUAUGUAUGUAUGAGAUGUUGUAUGGCUGUACACCUUUCUAUGCUGAAUCUCUUGUGGAAACAUAUGGGAAAAUCAUGAACCAUGCAACAAGGUUUGAGUUUCCCACAGACAUAGACGAGUCUGAAGACUGUUCUACUCUUGCCAAAGAUCUGAUGAAGAGUCUUAUAUGCUCACCUGAUGCCCGGUUUGGAAAGAACGGUGUCAGGGACUUCAAGGAACAUGCCUGGUUUAAAGGAAUUGAUUGGGAAAACAUUCGAGAAAUGACAGCCCCAUUCAUACCAGAAGUAAGCAGUCCCACAGAUACUUCAAAUUUUGAUGUGGAUGAUUCGGACUUUAAACAUACAGACACAGUUCCACCAUCCUCUCAUGGUACCUUUAAAGGUCACCAUUUACCAUUUGUAGGAUUUACAUUCACAAAAAACUGUCAAUUAUCCGACACUGCAUGUUUACGAGACAGUGUAAGUGUGGAUCCUAGUCAUCUAGAGUCUAUGGUAGCAGAUGCUUUUGAAAGAAGAAUAUCAAGUCUGGAGAAAGAAAAUAAAGAACUGCAGAGAAAACUACAGGAGGCAACAGCCACAAUACAGAAGUUAAACAGCGACAAUGCCUCCGGAGCGUCUGCUGCUGUUGGUGCUGCUGAAGCAGAGUCUAGACAACUUAAGGAGGAAGUCGCUAUUCUUCAUAAAGUUGUCGCAGAUUCUCAGUCGGAAAUAAGUAUAGCAGAACAAGACCUUAGGAAAGCCAGAGAAGCAAAACAAGAUAUAGAACGUAAAAUGAAGCUGAUCGAUGAAGAAAAGACAACAUUAGAACGGGAAAUUCAGGAUCUGAGGGAUAAAUACAAACAACAAGCUCGAGAAUUAAAAGAUGCAGUUGCCAAACAGAAAAUAGCCAUUGAACAAUACACUGACUCAAAUGAUUUGCUUCUAAAGUCCCAGUCCAAGGUGAAAGAAUUAACAAGAGAUCUGAGAAAUCAAACUGAAGAAACAGAUGAAUAUAAGAGAAAGAUGGACAGUCUGAAAAAUGAGAGAAGAAGAAUGGAGAAAAAUAUUACUGAGCUUCAUUCACAGAUAGAAGAAUUCAGAGCUGACGCAAACAGAGAGAGAAAAUUGCGCGAGAGAGCGGAGGAGUAUAGUCAGGAAAUAGAAAUGGAAAUUGAAACUCUGAAGAAAAAACAUGCAGACAGAGUUCCAAAUACAGCUAAUCUAGAAUUGUCCCAAGAAAUAUCCAGGUUAAAGUCAGAGAUAGAUAGAAAAGAUCUAGAAAGGGAAGAAACUUUAUCUAGAUUGAUGUCUAAACAUCAAAAUGAAUUUAGUGAUUUAAAAUACCAAAUGCAAGAACUAGAAAUGAGUAAAAAGGAUUUACAAAAUGAAAUAAACUUGUUAAAAGUGAGACAGAAUGAGGAAGAGUCUAUAGAUGAAUUAAGAACUAGUCUUUCACAGUUAAGAAGUAGGUUGGAACAAGAGGAAAGAAGAAAUAUAAGUGUACUUGAAGAAAAUGACAGACUUAAAGAAGAUCUGCAUAUAGAUCGUACAACUCUUGAGAGUGUGAAGAGAGAGAAGAACCAAUUGGAGUCAGAAAUGAGAGAGAUAUAUGAUAAACGCGAGUCUGUGGCACAGUGGGAGGCACAGAUAUCAGAAAUCAUCAAAUGGGUGAGUGAUGAGAAAGAUGCUCGAGGUUACCUACAAGCUCUCGCUGGCAAGAUGACAGAGGAACUUGAAAACCUGAAAGUGAUGGGUGUAUCUGAGGACUCUGGUCGACAGCGCUGGAGGAACCGACGCUCACAGAGACUUGAUAAGAUGGAGCUCCUCAAUCUGCAGUCCAGUCUGAACAGUGAGAUUCAAGCCAAGGCCAAGAUAACUGAGGAGCUGAACAAAGUCAAAGAACAAUUAGCAGUUAUUGAAAGCAAAUACAUGGAAGCUACAGAAGCAAAUUCAGAAAUGGCACGAGAAACUGAUGCCCUCCGUAAGCAAGUGAAGAAAAUGGAGAGUGAUACACAGAAAAGUUUAACUUGGGAGAAAGAGCAACAAGACUCCAACUCUUUAAUAGAUUAUUUUAAAGGCCAGUUUUCUAUUCUAAAUGAUUCGUCCAAUGAGAGCAUGGCAGACGAUGAUAGUGAGGAUGCUUUGUCUCGGACGGAUUCGCACACAGACUCACGGACAGAUCUGCGGUUGCAGGAUACCACUGAAACCAUGGUGCUAGCAAGCUCUUUAAACACAUCAAAACAUAGUGUUUCCUCAGAAACUGAGCUGGAGCCAUGGCGGUCACCUUUUACAGGAACUCCGCCAACAACUCCAAAGUCGCAGUCACAGAAAAUCCAUAAGUUCUUGUAUAAAAGUUUCAACAUACCGUACAAGUGUAACUAUUGUACAUCGUUGUUGAUAGGUGUGCAUAGACAGGGCAUUACUUGUGCAGAUUGUGCGUAUACCUGUCAUGUACACUGCAGUGAUAAAGCUCCAGCUGUAUGUCCAGUCCCUUCUGAUCAAACUAAACGCCCUAUGGGUAUAGAUGUGAACAAAGGCAUAGGAACGGCAUAUGAGGGUUAUGUCAGAGUACCUCGUCUAGGUGGGAUAAAGAAAGGCUGGGCUCGUCUAUUUGUUGUUGUCUGUGAUUUCAAAUUGUUUUUAUUUGAUAUACCCCCUGAUAGGGGUACACCUAGUCCUGUAGUCCAGCAAGUUUUAGAUAUGAGGGAUGACGAGUUUUCUGUUAGCCCAGUAUUGCCGUCUGAUGUGAUACAUGCCAACAAAAAAGAUAUUCCAUGUAUAUUUAGGGUGACCACUUCAGAGUUAAAUCCCCCAGGAAGCAAGCAUUCUGUGUUAAUGUUGGCGGAGAAUGAAACAGAACGCCAACGUUGGGUCGGUGCUCUUAAUGAACUACAAAAACUUCUACGCAGAAAUAAACUGCCAAAGACUUUCAUAUUUCAACCACAGGAAGUGUAUGACAACUCACUGUCUCUUGUGAAAGGAACAUUUUCAGCUGCAACUUUAGAGUCGGGUCGUCUGUUGCUUGGCACAGAAGAAGGUGUAUAUAUAGCAGAACUAGCUAAAGAUGUUUUAAUCCGUAUUGGUGACAAGAGUGAAAAGAAGCCAGUGUUCCAGGUAGAGCUUGUACCAGAGGAACAGCUUAUAGUUCUUAUAAGUGGUAAGCAACGACAUAUCAAAUUGCUUCACUCGUCAGCGCUGGAUGGAUAUGAAGUUGACCCAGUCAAAAUCCAAGAAACCAAAGGAUGUCACAUGUUUUGUACAAACACUGGCCAUCGGCCUGACAACAACACUUUCCUGUGUGUGGCCAUCAAACGAACAAUUUUAGCAUUUGAAUUGACUAAAACAAGACAAAAACACCGAAAAAUUCGAGAAAUAGCUGUUGCGGGUCAAGUGCAGUUUUUAGAUUUAUGGGGGGAUAGAUUGUGUGUGGGAUAUCAGUCAUGUUUUGUGAUAUACAAUUUACUGAGGGAGGACGCCCCAUGUAGUCUUGUCAAUACAGAAGAUAGUCAACUACAAUUUCUGGUGCAUACCCCUGUGGACUCCAUGCUGGCCGUGGAAGUCUCCGACAGGGAGUACCUUCUUGCAUUUAGUGUGUGUGGUAUAUAUGUAGAUAGUCAGGGUAGGAAGAGUAGACAGUCAGAAAUCAUGUGGCCAGCAGCUCCUACUUCAAUCAGUUACAGUGCUCCCUACCUCAUCUGUUACACGGAGAACUCUGUGUUUGUCUACGAUGUACAGACUGCGGAGUGGGUACAAACACUCUGUCUCAAGAAGACAAAACCACUAAACAGAGAUGGUACCCUCAACUUGAUCAAUAAUUUCGAUGCUCUUCACUUGAUUUACUUCAAGAACAUUCAGAAUGAUGAAGACAAACUGCAGAUAGCAGAAUUAUUCAAGGGAAGAAGUGUGAAUAGAAACAAGCGACGAUUCUCGUUUAAAACACGGGAAGAUGAUAGAAGUGGGAAGGGUCGUUCACGAGAGAUCUCAGCUCCUAUGUCAUUCAGUCAUAUAGCUCACAUGGGUCCGGACCAAAAACUACCAAUUGUCUCAGCGUCUGAUCGAAAAUCACGUGCAAUUUCAGCCCCAAUCAACUUCAGUCAUAUUGCACAUGUUGGGCCAAACCAGGGUAUGCCAGAACUCAUGGAUUUAUCCACAGCAAGGAACUUGGCUGCCUCUAACAGUUUGCCUGCCCAGAAGAAAGUCAGAAAUCUGUUCAAUAGUAAAUCUAUGACAGAGAAACAACAGGUUAGGGGAGUUAGAUCACAAAAUGGUAAUGCCCCACGGGACAGACAAGUUGGUGGAUCAUUAAGAAUGGAGUCAUCAGAUAGUCCUGAACAAAGUUUGAUAGGAGAACCAUCACCCACCAUGUUUGAGGACAGCUAUGAGCAACACGUUGGAGCUAUGAGGUUAUCCGUGGAGUCGACCAGCAGCGAAGGCAGCAGCAGUCGUACCAGUUCCGUAAGCUCUACCCCAGCAAAAUGGAGCAUUUCUGAAGAAAGUAUUGACAAUACUGCUGCAGUUGACGAAUGGUCUCACUUGUAAUGGACCCUGUUAUUUGCCGACUGUGAUCAAUAUUUGCUUCCAUUUUUAUCAUAUCCUGAGAAAGCUGUAAACCAAAAUAAACUGUUGUCAAAUCAAAUUCCCCCUACACAAUUGUUAGUGUAUUCUAAUCGAUACAAAUCAUGCAUGAACAAAAUUUUAACAUUCUUAGAUUUUCACUCCCAAACUGUCAAACUGCAUUUUCAAGUCUCAUGAUAUUUAUCAACCAAAAUGUAAUCAUUAAUAUAUAUCACCCUGAUCCAUUUCAGAUUUGUACUAAUACCUAAAAGCCUUGAACUUUAAAUGUAUUUUAGGAGGUGAUUUUUAGAAAGCUUACUUACAGUAUGCCACAUUGGUAAAAGUUUGAUUCACUGAUAUUUACUUUAUUGCAUUCACCCUAUUGAUAGAACAUUACUUAGUAUUUCUUGGACUCUUUUAACUGUUGAACAAACUUUUAAGAAUAAUCACAUACGUUACUUUUCAUUUUCUUAAAUUUCUAUCACAUUCUUUUACCUUUGUAUACUUUCGUUUUUAAAUUGAAAUAAAUGUGAUUUAAUAGGUCUUGUUUCAAACCUUUUCCAGUUUAAACAUUGUAUGAACCGUAAUUAUGAAGUUCAUAUACACACAAUGCUUGAAGAGUUAUCUUUCCUGGUAUUGUCAGUAGUCAGUCAUCAGCUGUUUUGCUUGGUUAUAAAAAGUUUUAUGAUAUCUGGAGUGCUUAUUUUAAGCAGUGAAUAAGUAAUCAAAUAGAUAAAUACAAAAAAAAAUACAGACGUAUUUUUUUCUGCAUAUGUAAACCCUGGUGAAUAACCCAUACUUGAUUAAAGCCGAAUUUCAUGUUACCAAAGGGGCUUUAUAUUUAAUAUGUGUGUUAAAGCAGGUUUUACACGUGCAUGAACACCAGAAAUAAAUAAAUUACAUCCCUAUAAUUGCAAGUAAGUGUUUUUCUGCAUUCAAAAUUUUGGGGGAAAAACUCUCUGAUUUUGAAUUGGAACCAUUGUGGGAUAGGAAAUUACGUCACUAAGAAAAAUGAUUAGUCCAGAAAAAAAAAGUUAAUGCCUUUUUUUUUUUUUGGAAUUACACUGCUGUCAGUAUCAUUAUUGAUGCAACACUGAAAUAUGUGCAUAAAUGCAAUGUUGAUAACCAAAUAGUUCAUUGUUGUAUGAAAGUCUCUGCGAAACCUAUCAAAUUGCUUGAAUUAUUAUCACAAAUUCUUUUUCGGUUUUCAAAUGAUAAAUAUAUUGAGGUUCAACUAAAACAUUGAAAGCAAAUAAGGCGUUAUCUGUAUUACACAGUCAUGAUUUUGUUGUUACUACAGGUAAUUUUAAAAUGUUUAUGAUAUGAGCUGAUAUAAGUGAAUAAAGGUAACAGUAUUUUGUAUGUUGUAAGUUUAUAGGUAUAGAGAAAAGCCCACCAGUUGUUAAUGGCUUUGUUAUAGUGAAAGCUGCCUUUGAUGUUGUAAAAUGUAUGCAAUAAUGGAAAACCGUGAUAAUAAAUUGUUCAUUGUUAUAUUAUAUUAUCAUGAUCUUGCCUUCUACUUAGUGAAAACUCAUUUUUAUAACUUCCUCACUUUAUAUAUAUGGGAAUUUGUAUGAUCUAGAACAUAUGAUAUUUUACCUAGCCAUAUGUCAUUCCUUUCUGUUAUCAAUUUACACUGUAAAGAAAGGGUACUUUCAUUAAAAAUUGGGAAGGCUCCAGUGUAGUAGGUGAUGAUAUCCACGGUGAUAAUGUUCAAACAAUAUUUGCUGUAACAGUGGCUAGCAUUCCUUUUAUCGUAGGUAGACUGCAUCACCCAGUAACCCAGUUUUCCAGUAACAUGGUUUAAAUGAGCAUUCUAACCUUUUUAGCAAACAUCAUUUUUAAUCUGACUAUACCUAUCUGUCUAAAAUAUAUCUUCAGUAUAAGUUUGCUUCUGUUUGUCAUCCAUUAUGUUGUGUGAGGUGAGAAUGGAAAAGUGAGCCAUGCCAUGCCAUCAUUUCAGCCAGACCAUUCUUUUGCUUCAGAGGUAUUUUAUUAAUGAGCCACACCAUGAGAAAACCAACAUAGUGGGUUUGCGACCAGCAUGGAUCCAGACCAGCCUGCGCAUUCGCACAGUCUGGUCAGGAUCCAUGCUGUUCGCUAACAGGUUCUCUAAUUGCAAUAGGCUUUGAAAGCGAACAGCAUGGAUCCUGACCAGACUGCGCGGAUGUGCAGGCUGGUCUGGAUCCAUGCUGGUCGCAAAGCCACUAUGUUGGUUUUCUCAUGGCACGGCUCAUUUCAUGUGACAACAGCAGAAGAAUAUAAUUUUGAAAACAAGAAUUGUUUUAUGCCUGCUGGCUUAGCUCAAUAGGGAGAGCACAGAUCUACAGAUCAAGGAGUCACAAGUUUGAUUCCCGAGAGAGGCAUAUAUUUUCAGCAGCAAUUUGAUAAAAGACAUUGUAUCUAAAAUCAUGCUGACUCUGAUUCAUGCGGGGAAGUAGGCAGUUAUGUUUAGAGAAAAGGUUUGUACUGGUUCAGUAUCCAGGAACACGGUAAAGUAAACUGCCCACCUUUACUUAGCUGAUAUGCUGUUGAAAAAACGAGAUUAAACCCAAAACAAACAAACGAAAAUAAGGAUUGCCAAAAACAAGUUUACAACAAGGCUUGUGUUUACGACUAGAAAUGUUAAAGUGAUCUAAAUUCCCAGAAGAGACAAGCUUCAGUAGAGCCAAGCUUUAGUACUGAUUGAGCAUUUGAUGAAUAAUUGAUAACUUGAGUAUUUAAUGCAGAAGUUUAAUGUAAAGAUAGAUUCAUCGGAAAUGCCUCUCUGCAGUGUUAGAGAAUCAUUCAUCAUGUUUCAGACAGCUAAAUAUCUCUGACAUUUCAUUGUUAUUGAUGUUUUCUGUAUGGCUGGCAUUGAAAAUGGCAUGUAAUUAUUAUUAUAUAUAAAAAACUUGUCUUCUCUUUCAUUAAUGAUUUACACUUGUGAAUGAUAAUAUAUAUGAAACUGAUGUCUUCAGUCCCCUUUGGUGCCAUAACGCCUGUGAGUUGUAGUUGUAAUGCACUUCUAUAUUGUUAACAUUUGUCUUCAUGCAUAUGGUGUACAGACAACAGUGACUUUGUGGGCUAGCAUUUACUUUGUAUUUUUUGUAUCAUAACUGAAAGAUAUUCCUCUGGCAGAAAAAAAAAACUAGAAAGUGUCUCCUAUGUUAUAAUCCUUCAUAGUAGUAUAACUCUUUUAUUUAUUCUUUAUUCAUAUUACUAACUGGACAGCUCAUUGAAGUGCCACUCUGCCUUUUAUAGAAAUCAACAACAAAAAAGAGAUAAAAGUCCCUCAGAUAUUUGAAUAUUGGACAGCAUGUAUGAAUGAAUAGGGUUGUCCUUUACUCCAGCACAUAUUGCCAGGAUAUUAUUUUAUAGGUUUAAUGAAGCACAAUUUAAUGCUUGAUUGUCUUUAAAUAGGGAAAAAUUAGUGUAUUAAAAAUAGUUGAUAGAGUUGAUGUCUCCUUGAUUAUUCAAAAGCUGUUGUGUAUUCUUCAAGGCCACUGUGAAUUUCUUUAAAUAUCAUUUUACAUGAACCAUUUUUAGGUAGAUGCGGGACUCUUGCCUGUAAUACUCCAAACAAUUAAAAAAUGUUUGGUAUAAUUACUAUAGAUUAUCUAAACUGGAAUGUAGUUGUUAAAUUCACAAACUUUUUUAAUUAACCCACCAGAUAUGCCCAAUUUAGAUAUAUUCGUUACUGCUAAAUAAUCAUUUCAUAUUUUAUUUUCAUUCUUGUUACAUAUCAUUUUGAAUAAGCUUUGAUCUGAAAAGUAUUUGCAUGAAUGCUGGAAAAAUGACAUAAAUUUCAUUAAAAAAGAUAAAAGCACAUAGCAGAACAGCUGUACAACUCAUCAGAAGUAAUGCAAAUGUUACAAUCUAGUCUAUUCAAAUAGUUUGAAAAUAAUCACAGGCAAAAAUGAUGGCCAGUGUGAUAGGGUACUCACAUAUUGAAGAUAACAUUUGACUGUGAAAUCAUUUUAAGUAUCAAAACUUUAUUUGGUUGCUUUGUAAAUUUUGAUUGUGUAGGAACUAGUGGUCAUUUUCAGGGAUAGCAUUUUACAUUGUAGAGGGGAGAUAUUUGUUAUUUUUGACCAUAUUUGCUGUAUUUUAAUUUCAAGUGCCAGUAUAUAAUUUCCUCAGUUUGUAGAUGAUUUUCGCAUGGAUUGUUUUAUGUUAGUGUAUUUAUAGUUGAUUAGUAAUGUCUUGAGACAUUGUUUUACAUGACAUACAAUUCACAGCUUAAUGGAUAACCAUUGAAGUUUUUAAAAGAGCAACUUAUGACAAGUGAGGAUUGACCUUUUUUGUUUCAAAGAGCAAUCUGGUUGAUAUUUACAAUUUUAUAAAACAUGAUACUUGUUUGAAAGAAAAAGAUAUAUCAUUAAGUAAGCAAAGUAUUAGAUAGAGAACAUUUUUGCCAAGUUAUAAUAAAACAGUGAUUUUAUGAUGAACAAUGUGAACGCUAUACAUUUAAGAUCUGAUAUCUUUCGUUUUUUUUGUUUUUUUUUGCCUUGAUAAAGCUCCAAAUUAAGUAUGAUUUAUAAUGUUACAUGUAAUAAAAUUUUUGAGGGGUGAAUGCGAAAGAGUUCUAAGUGCAUAUAAAUAAAGAAGCACUUAGAACUCUUUCGCAUUCACCCCUAUGUUGUAACUAUAUAAAUUUUAUCAAAAUGUUUAAGAGUUACAAAAGACAGCACAUUUUAUCUAGAACUUUAUAGAAACUACCAGUAUUUUAUAGAAAUAGUUUCCAAAGCAUGUGUUGUACAACGUGCAUAUAAAAUGCUACUGUUGCCAAGUAAUUACAUGCCUUAAAAAAAUGUACAACUGAUUUUUCUAUAAAAAUUUAUUUCUGACUUUCACUUUGGCUGAAUGUUUUGGAUAAGCUCUGUUAGUCUAAACUAGUCAGUUAUAGCAUGAUAUUGAAUAUAAAAUGAUUUUGAAUGAGAAAGUAAAACCGACCAUGCAAAGAAAUUACCAGUCUCAGUUUUUGUUUUGAUAGAAACCCAGAAGGGAGAAUGAAUUGAAAAAUGCUCUUGUUAAAUGAAGCAUAUUAUGUAAAGUCAGGAUCAAACAUGUUAUUAAAACCUGAAUUGAAUUUUCAGUUUUAUUAAAAUGGUUACUAAAUCUGGAAAAUGUUUGGAAAGUUAUAGUAUUGAAAGAUAAUGCAUGUUUUAAUCCAAAUAGCUGAUUUAUAUAUCUUACCACAAUAAAUUAUCGGUGCAAUAAGGUUAUAAAUGAAGAUAGUUGUUUAAUGCACUAGUUUUAUUGUAGAGAAACGAUAUGAUAUAUUAACAAAUAUAUCAGUGAUAACAGAGAGAAUGAAUGCAACACUGCUUUAACUGUUUAUUCAGAUACAGUUUUGUUGUUUUUAUCUUGUGAAUAUAUUAAUGUGCUUUAUAAUCACUUGUUAAUUAUAAUAUUUCAAGUAGCUAACAGACUAUAGAUAUGCUUAGCUUUUGAUUCAGUGCAACAACUCACUAUCUCCUUAUCGUUAUAACAGAGUUAGUGACUUCUUGCGCCACACUUUAUAAUUGUUGUACAAAAGCACUGUAAAUAGUAGUAAAUAGCCAACUAAUGUUGUUUGUAUAUUAAAAUCUUAUCACAAAUUUUUAAUUAUUGUAUAAUAAGCUCUGCUAUUACUGUAUUAUUAAAUAAUGUAUUAAACAUUUUGCUAGAUAGAUAAACAAUUUUAACUAACGUUCUUGUAUCUUGCUUACUGCAGACAUGUAUAUUGUUUAAAGCCAAUUGUUGCAGUGGUUAUCAUAUGAUACAAGAUUUAAUAACAAAACUCUAUAAACAUU